AUGUAUGGCCAGAACGCUUUAGCUGUCAAUGAGUUCUAUGCGCAACGGUGGAGCAAGCCAACAUUUGGAACUGGAACUUCACACACAGUUGGGGAGGUUUUGCUAAAGACCCGAGGAAUGUUUCCAAAUCCAGAAUGGUACUGGAUUGGACUCGCAGGACUGGUUAUCUCGAUACUGGUGUUCAAUGCACUCUACGUUCUAGCACUUACAUACCUUAACCCUCUGAGAAAACCUUGCACCGCAAUUUACAGCAACAGUAGCGAGGCAACUGCAAGAAAAAAAGCUGAGGAUAUCGAAGAUGGAGGUGUUGGAGAAGUUCUCCUACCUUCCUUGCCGUUGUCACUGGCUUUCCGGAACAUCGUUUACGAAGUUGACUUGGAUAAGAAAAGCCAUCCCAAGAGUGAUACCAAGAGAUUGCAGCUGCUACACAAUGUAAGUGGAGCUCUCCGGCCAGGAGUUCUAACGGCACUCAUCGGCGUGACUGGCGCUGGGAAGACUACACUGUUCGAUGUUCUCGCCGGAAGAAAGACCGUGGGGUACGUCCGAGGAGAACUCAGCGUCUCUGGAUACCCGAAAAACCACAAAACCUUCGCAAGAGUUUCUGGUUACUGUGAACAGGUUGACAUCCAUUCGCCUCAUGUGACAGUCUACGAGUCGCUCGUCUUCUCUGCGUGGUUGCGUCUCCCACAAGACGUGAAUCACGAAACCGUGCUGAGGUUCGUCGAAGAAGUAAUGGAGCUUGUGGAGCUUGACAGCAUACGAAAUGUCUCAGUAGGAGUUCCCGGUGUGUCUGGCCUCUCGACCGAGCAACGCAAGCGCCUGACGAUUGCUGUAGAGCUCGUUGCAAAUCCAUCUAUCCUGUUUAUCGACGAACCAACCUCGGGUCUGGAUGCUCGAGCGGCGGCCAUAGUUAUGAGAGCCAUACGAAACACUGUCAACUCGAGCCGGACUGUUAUCUGCACGAUUCAUCAACCGAGCAUCGACAUCUUUGAAUCUUUCGACGAGCUCUUCCUCAUGAAACGUGGAGGACAACUCAUUUAUGCCGGACCUCUUGGCAAAGAAUCCUGUCACUUGAUAGAGUACUUCGAGGCCAUUCCCGGGAUUCCAAAGAUAAAGGACGGCCAGAAUCCAGCAACCUGGGUGAUGGAAGCUACCACUCAGUCGAGGGAAGAACUUCUCGGAAUAAACUUAGUCGAGAUCUACGAGAACUCACCACUCUACGGGAGAAACCAGAACCUCAUAAGAGCGAUCAGUGUCCCAGCUCCACAAUCCCAAGACUUGCACUUCCGGACUACAUACUCCAAGCCAUUCCUGGAGCAGUUCUACACCUGUUUGUGGAAGCAGCACCGUUCAUACUGGCGAAAUCCAAUCUACUUCUACUCCCGGAUGUUCUAUGGAGUCGUCGUUGGCUUUCUACUCGGAACUAUGUUCUGGAACUCUGGAAAGGAGCUAAAAACCGAGCAGGACAUCUUCAACUUGCUCGGGGCCAUGUACACUUCCACAAUCUACGUUGGCAUCUCGGACUCUAUCAGCGUCCAGCCGCAAGUCAUCAUGGAGCGAGAAGUUUUCUACCGAGAAGUAGCCGCUGGAAUGUAUUCUCCACACGCCUUUGCUCUCUCACAGGUGAUCAUCGAAGUCCCCUAUAUACUCCUCCAAGCAGCAUCCCAGAGCCUCCUGGUCUAUCUCCUCGUCGGCCUCCAAUGGACACCAGCAAAGUUCUUCUACUUCGUGUUCUUCAUCUUUGGUUCCUGCCUAAACUACACGCUGUUUGGAAUGCUUGGUGUAGCCAUGACGUCCAAUUUCCAAAUGGCCGUGCUCACGCAAGGAGCUCUCGUCCCCUGGAACAUCUUCUCCGGCAUUAUCAUCCCUCUGGCUAAAAUCCCACCGUGGUGGCGAUGGUGUAGCUGGCUGUGCCCCCCAACUUGGACGCUCUAUGGCCUCCUAGCUUCGCAGCUGGGAGAUGUGGAGACGCCGAUCGAAGUUCCUGGACAGAGCAAAUCAUCCAGUGUGAAGAAUUUCAUUCGCGACUACUAUGGAUACCAGGAGGAAGGCCUGCGAUUCGUGGUAUUCAUGCACAUCGUCUUCCCGGCCGUGUUUGCGCUAGUAUUCACAGUGCUGAUCACAUACGCGAAAUUCCAGAAGAAAUAGAUCGCUCCCAAGAACCCUAAA